GAAACUGUGUGAUUUGUUUUAUUUUGUCUAUUUAUUGUUUCUUCAUGUUUAAAUGUUUGGAAAAAUAAAACUACUAUUUUUGACAAGUGACAACAAUGACAUUUAACAAUCAGAAAUAGAUUAGAGACAAGGAAUCCUACAUUAUUUACGAUUUGUUUAGUGAUUUUGUGAAAUUCUACUUUUUUAUUUUUUUGCAAUAUGUAAACCCAUUUGAAUAUUGUACAUGCAUUUGCAUAAGUUAAAAUGCCGAAAAAAUUAAUGCUUUAUCGUGAGAAAAUGGAUUGAAACUCGAAUAAUAUGCAGUUCGAGAUGUUGGCCGCUUAUUCCAGGUUUAUUGUUCGUCAUUCUUACCUCGUUCUUUUUACUGUAAGUAUUUUGUCCAUCGUACUUACUGUGAUCCCGCUAAUUCUACACGAGCUACCCUCAUUUUCUGAUCCCAUAGUCGGAUUUGAAACCCGGGGUACGACGUUAGCACAUCGCUUCAUUGCUUGGGAAAAUCUGAAUGACGAAACGAGGCCGUCCAAACGUCUUGCAGUGAACCCUAAAGAAAUUGAAGAUCAAAUCAGAAUGAACCGAACUUACUACAACAAGACUCACCAAGACAGAUCUAGAUCAGGACGCAGAAGGCCAAAAAAGAAGGAUCGAAACAAGAAAAACAAAAUGGUCCCGAAUAUCACAGGAUUAGAAAAAACUUGGUCUGAUUAUAGUGAAUUAAACAUUUCUGAUGGACAUGUACAUUGGGGUUUUGGAAUAAAUGUAACAAAUGAAGAUGAACAUGCUGUACUACUCAAAGACCAUUCCAGAAAACAGUGGUUGUCUUUGAAAAAUAUGCAGAGGAUAGCUGACAAGCCCAUCAAUCUUAAUUACGCUUCUGGAACGUGUGGUCCACCAAUAUCAGAUUAUGCUCACUUAGUUAUUACCAACACAGAUAAUUCGAGUUUAUUGUCAUACAAGAAUGUUGAGAGAUUGUGUAAAUUUCAGUCAUAUCUGGUUGAAUUAGGUGGGUAUGAAUAUUAUGAAUUAUGUCAGAGGACAACACACUCUGAAGAUAUUUGCUGUCCUGUAUGGAGUCUCCCAAAUUAUAUUGCUUUAAUAUCUGGAAAGGAUUCCUGUGUCAACUUAAACAAGGAAGAUGUAAAAAAAGCUGUAACUAUUUUGAAGAAAUGUGCAGGAUAUUUUCAUAAUUUUACAUUGAUGGCUGCUUGUGAUUUAGAUCACUGUAAUGUUCCGAAAUACUGUACUCAGCACAACGCAGUCUAUAAUUUGUUAUUUUAUCUUAUAGAUUCAGAAGCAUUUUCACCAUUGAAUAAUGCACAAAAGUUUGUAAAGAAUACAAUGCUGUUUUUGCCACUUCCAAGAAGUGAUACUGUAUUGCCAUAUUAUAAGAAACUGGAAAACUCAAAUAUGUCAUAUGACAAUCUUGUUAUACCAGCUAUUGAUUUUGGUUUGAAAAAUGCUCUUUUUGAUAUUUGGAUCAUUGAGGAUACUUGGUUGAUAGCAUUAGGUGGCAUUUUUGUGUUUGCAUGUGUGUGGAUAUAUACAAGAUCAUUAAUUCUCACGCUAUUUCUGUUUGCCGCCAUAACAUUUUCUUUGGGUAUAGCAUACUUCUUCUAUGUAUAUGUGUUUAAUUUGCAUUUUUUUCCCUUCAUGAAUUUGUUAGUAAUAGUAAUUGUAUUAGGUAUUGGUGCUGAUGAUGCAUUUAUUUAUGUUAAGAUAUGGAAAAUGAUUGGAAAGCAACUUAUCAAAGAUAAUGUGGUCUAUCAAGAAAAUGGUGUGCUAGAUAUCAAUAUUUCCAGUGCUGGUGAGACUAUUUUAGUCCAAAUUCUAGAAGAAACUAUGAGACAUUCUAUAGUUACUAUUUUUAUCACAACCUUAACUACUGCAGUUGCAUUUUAUGCAUCAUAUGUAAGUUAUAUUCCUGCCAUAAACUGUUUCAGUGUAUUUGCCGGAACAGCAGUUCUAGUCAACUUUGUUCUCAUGAUGACUUGGUUGCCUAUAUCAGUAUUCAUUGUAGAUGUUAAAUUGUAUGCAAAGAAAAAAACUUUUUUAGAUUUGGUCCACAAGAAUGUGAAUGAAAUGUGGGAAAAUAUCAGAAUUGUUUUAAACAGAUUUACUAUAAUAUGUGUUACAAAAUUCCAUAUAGCAUUUGUAGUGGUCAUGGGCGCUUUAGGAUUUAUUAGUUUGGUGGUGGUGUUUUACUCUCCGGGCCUACACUUGCCAGAUUCUAAACAAUUUCAACUUUUCCAAACUUCUCAUCCUUUUGAACAAUAUGAAAUGCAGUAUAGAGAUAAAUUUCUAUUUGAAAGAUUAAGCAAAGAUCUGGGCACCGGCACUAAAAUGCCUUUAAGGUGGGUAUGGGGUGUAAAAGCUAUUGACAAUGGAAAUCAUAUGGAUCCUGCUUCAAAGGGACACCUUGUGUUUGAUGAAAAUUUUUCAAUAUCAGAUCCCAAAUCGCAAUCUUGGUUGUUAGGGUUUUGUGCUCGAAUUAAAGGUCAACCCUUUUAUCAGCAGACCUUGGGUCCUUUACUCCCAAACUGCUUCAUUGAAAGCUUUAAAAUGUAUAUGAGUAGGCGAUGUAUUGAUAAUAUUGAUAAAAUAAAUAGAUCACCUUGUUGUGAGACAUCUAAAUUUCCAUACAAAAAAGAGGUCUUUGAUUUCUGUAUCAUAAAGGCAAUGGAAUCAUUGUAUCAAACGCCUAGAGAACUCUUUAUGCCUGGUGUAGCUGGCCCAAAAUUUUUAAGAAGUGCCAAACCCCCAAUUAUUGCUGCUCUUGUUGUUGAAUUUGAAAGUAUUGUUCCAUAUUCACUGUCCUAUUCUGAAAUGAAUAAGUUUUUCACUGAAGUCGAAAAAUGGACACAAACAGAAUUAGAAAACGCCCCAGCGGGAAUGAAAUGUGGCUGGUUUUUAUCCGAUUUUCAAUUCUAUGAUCUACAAAGAACUCUAGCAAGUGGUACCAUUGUAGCAUUACUGUUAUCUGCAGCUCUGGGCUUUAUAGUUUUGAUACCAGCUACAUUAAAUUUUGUAACGAGUGUAUGCGCUUUGACUGCAAUGAUAUUUUCAUCAACUGUUACAAUAGCUGUUCUAGUAAUAAAUAAUUGGAAGUUAAAUAUUUUAGAAAGUGUAGCGAUAUCAACAUCGGCUGGGCUAGCUGUGGAUUUCAGUCUUCACUAUGCCCUAAGCUACACAAACGCAUCAGGAAACAAAAGUGCUCGUGUUAAAUAUGCUCUAUCAGCAUCAUCGAGUCCAACUGCUGCGGCUGCACUAACUUCUGGAUUCGCUGGUGUGUUUUUAUUGAGAUCUAAUCUUCUACCGUAUUCACAAAUAGGUGCGUUUCUAGUUUUAAUCAUGACGGUUAGUUGGACCUAUGCAACUUUCUUCCUUUGUUCGUUACUUCACAUUGUCGGUAGGAGUUCGAUAAAAGAAUCUCCAUCUCGGGAACGAAAACCAGUGUCUCGGGUUAAUUCUGUUUCUUCAGGUGUACCUAAUUUAGAAAGUCAUGAGUUGGAGCACUUGGCUGAUAGUAAUCGUACAAAUGUCACUCAUUCUCAAAGUCCGUCUAGUGUUAGCGCGACAACGGUAGUUUUACACGAUGACUACAAAACUCCUCAUUGCAAAAAUGGAAAAAAUAGCAUUAAAAAUAAUAUUAUAGUUGAUGAAAAUGACUGAAUGUUUAGAUGUAAUAUUAUUAAUAAUAAGCGAAACCGAUUUAAUGCGUUCCUUUUUUACAAAUGAGCAGUAUUAUUUUUAAUACUUGUUUAGUGCAUAGUAUUUUUUUUAUUACCAAUUGUUUAAUAGCAGUUGUGUGCUGUAACGGUGACACAUAUGUUAUUUUGAAAAUUGUAAGAACUAUACUAUUGUUGUGACAAUAAUUAUUGCGUAAAUUACUCGAUUGACAAUAUGAAAUCUCGUGGAGCUUAGUUGUUAAAGUUUAUUUUCAAUCGAAUGUAACAGUAACUCAAUAGCCUAAUAGUAAUUUAAAUAAGCCACAAUCCUCAUUGACAUCUUUGGCUUAAUGAGCUAUAUGUAUGAUAAAUUAUAAUAGGUACUUAAAAAAAACGUCUGCGCGUUAAUAAGUAAGACGCACGGUGUACUCAUACCGAAGAUACUAUAAAUAUGCCGUAGUAGUUAGAAUACUGGUGCAGAUACAACAGUAACUAUAAGUUAAUACACGCUACAUGAUUUUGUGGUAUAAUAAUAUACAGGCUCGUGUAACCGCUGAAAACCAGUGGAUACAUCUAUCUUUAUCAAUGGCUAUAAAAACAAAAAGGAUCUCAAUUUUGUGCCAAUUGUGUUUAAAAAAAACUAUUAAAUGUCAGUGCUACGGCGCUUUGUUGUAAUUCCGCCCGUACUAUAUUAUUGGUUCACACUGUUGACAAUUUCUGGUUUCUUAGUCGGUACACAGUUAUCACGUCCAGGUACUCUUGGCGCAGGGAUUCAUUAGAAGAUAACACUUAAUGGCUAUCGAUAAAAAUUCAAAUGCUCAUUUGCCACAAUGCUAAAUCCAAAGUGGUGUAUGAGCACGACGGAUAACGUUAUGUAAUUAAUGUAUAAACUAUUGAUUGAGCCUACGCCUUUGACUGGCGAUAAAUGGUUUAAAUUCUGCCAGCAACAUUGUGAUGAAGUCUGAGAAAGAGUGUAACGAAUGUGCCCCACCUUGCAAAUCGAAAUGCGUUACUGUUUCGGAACAGAAUGUGACAGAUUAGUGGCAGCUACCCGUGCGGGUUCAUAAGACGUCCUUUUACCAGUAUUAUGUAACUUCAUCCAGUCUCCUCCUUCUUAAUUUUUAUUUUUAUUUUUUAUUUAAAUGUAUAUACUCCAUAAAACUAAUAGAUUGCGUUUAAUUUUAGAAUUUGUGAAAAAUAUUAAAUAUUUUUAAACAGCGGAUAAUAUUGAUUUUAAAUGUAAUUCAGUUUUACAGUAUUCCUCUUUUGGUCUAGUUAAUAUAACGUAUGGCAAUUAACCUGAAAUGUUGCUCCAUGGUGUUACUCUAACGCACCCUUAGAAUUGAAGUGGUUUAACUUAAAAAUUUAAGAAAAUGUGUUUUAUACUUUGAACGACUUAUAAACAUGUAUUCUAUCAGUUUAUAAAACUAAACAGUCUCUUUUAGUCUAGAAAAGGGCAAGGUACUCAUUCUGUCUCUUUAAAAUCAAGCGCAAACCUAUUAAAAUCGAAAAACUAUUAUACAAAAUUACAAUUCUUCAAUUACAUUUUUGGUGUUUAUGAAAAAACAAGAAUUUUGGAUUAAGCCACUUCAAUUCUAAAGGCGCGAUAUUACAAAAUUAAAUAAUGUUUAAGCCUAGUAAACCCGCAAUACAAGUGGGAUACUUCGCGACUAGAUUUGAAUACAAUACGUUUUGUGCAAUUUAAAAAAGUGAUCGACACGAGGUUUUGUCUGUUUCGGCUUUCGCGAAUACCUCUCUGCAGCCGGAUUAGGUACGCAUAGGUAUGCGAACUCGCUGCUCUAUUUUUUUAUGUGAAUACAUCUUUGGCACCUUUGUGAUUUGAAACUUGAAAAUGAAACGACACUAAAAAGAGAUAAACUUAAAUCUAUAGACUAGGCAGCAAGUGAAUGAGAUUUAUUUCUUGUGUCGGCUUCACUACAUACUGCGUGUGUAAUACAUACUUUAUGAUGUGUAACAUCUAUAUAGUCACCCAUAAAACCGAUUUCUGGCGUGGCGACGCAUGCAAGUGACUGCUUUUUUAAUAUUUCUGUUUUUUUUUCCAGGCAAAUGUAUUUCCUGUCGUAAACUAUCCUUUUUGCCUGUAUAAAAUAAUAACAUUGUUUCACAUCUGCCAGUCUUCCCGCGGUGGCUUAUUUUUGUCCAUCACCAAAUAGUAGAUGAUUAUGAAUUACUGGGUAAUACAAAGUGACGAAAUGGUGGUGCGAUUGUAGCAUAGUUCUUUGUUAUGUUGAAAUAAAUUCAGCAUUGUGAAUUGUGCGAUUUGAUGGCUUGUUUAAUGUAAGGAAAUAAGUCCCACCAGUUGUUGACACGCCUUUAUAAAUGUUAAUGCAAAUACUAAAUCAUGUAGGCUUUAUUUGCAAAUAGAUUACAAUCACGUUUUCAAUCCGAAAAAAAAACCUGUAAAAUAUCGCGAAUUGUUUGCCAGACUUCUCUUUCGGAAACGUAAGUACUAAAGUACAAAAAAAAUAUAUAUAUUAUUUUUUGUUACUUUUAAGAUAGCAUGGUAUGUACUUUUGCGAUUUUUUUAAUCCUGUUUUACGUAGUAAGUAAAAGUUGGUGUUUGUCGAAACUCAAGAUUUUAUACAAUAGUAUUUAAGUACUUAAUGUUGCCAUUUAAAAGAAUUAAAAGUUAAUUUUUGUAAACAAUA